CGGGCUUCUUCCUCCUCUUCACCGCGUAAACGCCGACAUUUCCCAGCAUGAUGGCGCACAGCUUUUGGCUAACUUUCUCUUCGGUCCAGCGGGGGAGGAAGGCCUUUUAAAAGUCGCAUUUAGCGUCGAUGUCCGAUUAUCAUGACGCACGCCGGACUUUAGUUUCUCAUUUGUGAGCUUCUUCCUUCGAGACAAAAAGAGCAAAUAAUCCAAAUACAAGACGCGGGGUAUUUUUGCAGAAAAAUAUUUUUUUAAAUCUCGCCAACUUUUUCUGUGGAUGUGCUCUUGAGUGCGCAACAGGGUCCCCUCCCGCUUCAACCAAUCGUGUCACCCGAUACUAAAUGACGAGGCUGUGCCGCGGCCUGUGAUUGGUGAAAACUUUUUCCUUUGUUUGUCCCCGUAGAUAAACAAAUGUCACAAAUACAUAUUAAUCCCGACGCCACCAUUUACACAAUAGUUGUAAACGUUUCGGUUUUGUCUAAGAUGCACAUUUACGCCACAGCAGCGACGGAAUGUUUCAGGUCGAUUUUACGACAGUGACGCUCCUUCCUGCCUCCUGUUUGAUCGGUGUUGACUAACACCUGCCCCUAGUGGCAGUUGGUAUUCAUGACAGGUCAAAACCAAUGCCAUUCACCCUGAAUAACGGAGGCCUCCACCGUGUAACACAAAUUUGAACACAUUUUAUAGAAUAUGAACAAUGGCUAGAAGCAUUUUAAAAAGGUGUAGAAUUCUGUAAGAUGCUAAUUUAUUUUCUCCAUGUUAUAUAUUAUUCACUUGCACGAUUAUCACCUCUAGCUGGACUACCACCAGAAAUUCUGGGCGACAAGGGUGUUGGGGGAAAUCACACUGCCGCCCGCCCUCGAGCAACACACCGCUAUUAACAUGGAGCAUUGCUGCAAAAGUUAAUGUCAUCAAGCGAACAGAGUCAAUCAGCUGUCUCGAGCGCCCUUUGACCUCACACAUUCCUCCCCCUGGAUCAGCAGUCACAAAGAGUUGCUAAAACAAUCAAAUGUUUCCUGGUAGUGUUUUUUUUUUUUGCUGAGUUUUGUUCAGGAAACGAGGAAAUGAAAGUGCAGCAACUGAAUUCAGGCCAACCCCAGUAGCAGCGCCUUCUCAAGCCAGUGAGACUUCUGUUGUUGCUGGGUUAAUAAGUAACCAGCAGAGGUGCAACCCUCAGCAGGCGUUGGUGUGACUCAGUAAGAAGUCACAAGAAGCAGCAAAAAGAUCUUCUGCCUUUCUUCCUUCCAUUGGUGGUGGUGUUGGACCACCUAGCGGCGCUGCCAUGGACAACCCAAACUUCCAGCCGAGCAGCGCACCAUCCAAGCUGGACCACGUGCAGGGCCAGGUGAAUGAAGUGAAGGUGAUCCUGAAAGACAACAUCGACAAGGUGCUGGAGAGAGGCGACCGCCUGGACGACCUGAUCGGCAAGACGGACGACCUGCAGGCCUCAGCCGACUCCUUUCAAAGGACCUCCACACGGGUGGCCAGGAAGUACUGGUGGAAAAACAUCAAAAUGAUGAUCCUAAUCGGUGUGGUGGUGCUGGUGGUCCUCAUCCUCAUCAUCCUCUUUGCUACUAAUGUCAUUUAACUCCAUCACCAUGCAGUCUGAGAAGAAUCUUCAAGCCUUGCGGACGCUUUUUUGAUUGCUUGCGUAAACACUCCACGCCAAUUCCUCCCACUAAAUGAAUCCUUUACCAAAGUUCAGAUACCAAAUUGUGUUUUAUUGUUUUCUCACACUUGCCUGUGUUUAAUACAUGAUCUGUGUGUGUGUAUGUGUGUGUGUACUGUAUAUAUGUUUGAUAUAGGACUGAUGAACAUAACCUACUGUGUGUCUAUGCUACCACAGGGCUGUAAAUAAAUGUGUGCUGUCUCUAAUAAAUGAAGUGAUUCACAAACAGCACGAGAGGAUGUUAAAAUACAAAAACAAAACAAAGAGAAAGACGUUAAAACUCUUCUAAAAAAAGAAAAGGCAAAAAAAAAUCCCCAAAAUCUCCAAAAAAGCGCUGGUAAAUAAAGACGACGUGCGACAGUGCGCUUCAGUUUUGUUUUGUUUUCUUACAAUCAGCACGAGGGCGUUGUUGCCGCAGCCCGGCCCACUCGCCAGCCAGCCAGCCUGGUUGCUCCGACACCUGAGAAAAAGACACACCGACGUCAGCUCACAUCGACACCCUUAAAAGGCGCAACAGGAAAUAGCAUGUCAAAAACGUAUAAAUUUACAUUUAAACACUUUAAAUAGCAAAAGAUCUGGAGGUGAACUAGAAGGAAACAUUUGGUCAAAAGAUACACAUUUACAAAAAAAAAGGAACAUUCCGUGCAAGUU